AUCCUCGAUGAGCGGCGCCGGCAUUCCCUGUCAGAGUGACAACUGCAAGAACGGGAAGCCUCCUUCUCGGCUGGAGUGUCCUACUUGCCAAAAACUAGGUAUUCAAGGCUCGUUCUUCUGCGAUCAGGAUUGUUUCAAAGCCAAUUGGGUAAGGCCUUGGCACUUCAGUCGCAUAGUAACGUCGCCGCUCAACCGCCCGCAGAAAACCCAUAAGAUCAUACACUCGGUCGUCUCGGCGAGCAAAGCGCAUAACAAAGAUUUCAAUGAACCGGGCAUCGAAGGCGCAUACAUUCCCGACUGGGAUAUCUCCUUCACAGGAAAAUUGCGACCCGUCUAUCCACUUUCACCGAAGCGUGCCGUCCCUGACCACAUACCUCGACCGGAUUACGCAGAACGCCGCGAUGGACGGCCUGUGACUGAGGAAAGAGCGUGGGGUCAGCCGCCCCGCCAAUUGAGCAAGGAAGAGCAAGACAAGAUGCGGAAGGUCUGCAGGUUAGCACGCGAGGUGUUGGACAUCGCAGCCUCCAACGUCAGACCGGGGAUCACUACAGACGAGAUAGACGCCAUCGUGCACGAAGAGACGAUCAAGCGCGAUUCGUACCCGUCUCCGCUGAACUACCGUCAAUUCCCGAAGUCCGUCUGCACUUCGAUUAACGAAGUCAUCUGCCACGGGAUCCCCGAUCAACGGCGACUCCGAGAAGGCGAUAUCAUCAACAUCGACGUGUCACUUUACUAUCAGGGAUACCAUGCCGAUCUCAACGAGACUUACCCUGUUGGGAAAGUGGACGAUGACGCGUGGAGGGUAAUGCGGGCGGCCAGGAAAUCCCUAUUCGAAGCAAUAAAGCAGUGCAAACCGGGCGCGCUUUUCCGCGACAUCGGAAAGACAAUAGAACCUGUUGCUCGCGACCAUGGUUGCUCCGUCGUCCGCACGUACACUGGCCACGGCGUUAACGACCUGUUCCACACCGCGCCGAACAUCCCGCACUAUGCUAAAAACAAAGCUGUCGGCACGAUGAAGCCGGGAAUGUGCUUUACCAUUGAGCCGAUGAUCAACUUGGGUGGCAAUUGGGGGGAGGUUCAUUGGCCGGACAACUGGACCGCUACGACUACGGACGGCAAGCUCAGCGCACAGUUCGAGGAGACCCUGCUAAUAACCGAAGAUGGCGUCGAGAUUCUGACCAAGGGUCAGCCAAGGAAAGACCUUGGAGAAGAGUAAAUCUCCGUUGCCGGCCUUCUGCGAGUACGAGUUCGGCUUCUCCUUUAUCGCGACUCUUUGGCCGCGGGUUACUGGAAGAGCCUUCCCGUCGGAGAAGGAUGACAUGGGUCGCGAGGGGAGAUCAUGUGUCCGCUGCACGGAAUGUCUUAUCACUGGGAGAUAACGAGUUGCCGGGCGUCACCACAGCCCGCGCCGUUUCCCAGGACAUCGUUUUACGCAACCGGGACGCUCGAUCGUCAUGUAAAGAUCCCACCGAGUACUUCUGCUAGCGUUACCUCCACCCCGACUUAAUUGGCCG